AUGUUCGUUUUGAUUGAUCGUCGUCUUCUCUACGGUCUAUUAGUGCCGAGUACUGUCAUUAUUAUUGGUGGUAUUAUUUGGUAUCAUAAUCGUCGAAAAAAUGAACAACUUCGUUUAAAUCGUUCAGAAUAUCUUGUACUUGAAAUUCAAGUACCUGAUUAUUGUAUUGGAAGUAUAAUUGGUAAAGGUGGUGAAGCGAUUAAACGUUUUCAACAACAAUAUUCAAUUCGUUGUGCAUUUGCUAAAGAUGAUGAAAAAAUUCUUAAUGAAAAUUAUCGAAUAUUAAUUAUACGUGGACAACGUCAUCAUGUAUAUGAAGCUGAAGUUGAAAUACGUCGUUUAAUUGCUGAUUUACCACAAUAUCAACAAAUUGAAAUGUUUAUACCUGAUUAUGCUUGUGGAUAUAUAAUUGGAAAAAAUGGUUCAAAUAUAAAAGAUAUUCGUGAUAGUACAAAAGCACGUCUUAAUUUAGAUAGAAAAAUUAUUGAUAAUUUAGAAAAUAAAAAAUUUUCUCGUUUAAUUAUUUCGGGUACUAGUGAACAAAUUGCAGCAGCUAAAACUUUAGUUGAAGAACGUUUAUAUCGAUUGGAACAAAAACAAAAAGAACAUGAUAAUGAUUCUGUUAUGACAACGAAUUUCAUUGGCGAUAACAAUGAAACUAUAGAUAAUGAUUAA